GCUGUUUUUGUUUGUUCCCUUCCCCCUAAACACUAUGAAUUUUCUAAAACCGUUCAGAACUCACCAGUGAAUCAACAUGGACAAGCUCAGCAAGCACAAUAAAACAGUCCCUAACAUCUACAAUAUGAGUCCGCAAGAAAAACGUGAUUAUUUUUUGAAAAAGAUAAUGCGAAGAGCAUCACAAAAACAGCACAGUUCACCAAAUGUUUUCAAUAGGGCGUUUUUAGAAGAUUUACCGAAAGGGUUAAGAAGUGGUCGCAGUGAUAGUGAUUUAAAUUGCUGUGGUAAAUCUAGUGAUAAAAUUGAUGAUAGUGAAUGUGUAUUUAACCUCCUGAAUUAUGCUCUGCGCGAAGUCAAGGAUAUCGAACAGGAUUUGAGCGAAAUGACCGAAUUAGUGUCGAAAUUGAAUGCAAGUCGUUAUUAGUUGUCAGUUUUUAAGUAUUGUACUUUUUUAAUUUGUCUGAUUUAAAUAAAUUUUUGCUGCUUUUAAAUCAACCCUU